CUAGUAUUACCCAGAACCCAUAAAGCGCUUGUCAUAUAUAUGGCCCUGUGUGUUUUGUUGAAUAUUUGAUUAUUUACAUUUUGUCGCCAUUGAAAUGGAGUGUGCAAUAAUCAUGGACCUUAUGUCAUCCUUCUGAGUUAACAAGGAAUAUGGUGAUCUUGCAGCAGGUUUAGUGUUCACUAUUCUAUGGUCAUGGAUGAUGUGGAAGAAUCUUUAGACAACACAGUUGGGGAGUCAUUGUUUCUAGAGGGUGACCAAGAUAAUGAUGCUGAGUUGAAUGGCAACCAAAGAACCAGUACACCCACAAAAUAUAUUCCUUUCCCUGAAGAAGAAUUAUCAAUUGCUGACGGACAGUUACCACACCAAGGACUUGUUUUGUCACCAAUGUCCAAUUCUGGGGCUGGCAUUACCACUCAUGAUCAGCCAAGCUCUUCACCUGACCAAACUUUCCUUUCACUUAGAGAAUCUUCUGCGCAGGAGUAUUCCGGAGAUGAAUCACAGUCAUUAUAUACCUCUGCAUUGCCUACUGUAAAUGCUACAGUGACUUCAGAUAGCUGCAGUGCUGCAGAGAGCAAAAUGGAAGAACCAAGUACAUGUAAAUCGUCUACCCAAGAGAGUACCUGGGAGACUGCUUAUGGAUCUUUUCAAGACAAUUCUGAUUUAAAAGAUGUUACAAUUAAACAAGAGCACAGUAACAGCAAUUUAUCAGGAGAAUUUCAAGAUGAAGCUGUAGAUGAUUCUGAUUAUGAGGAUAACAGUGGUGAAGUGCCACAUGAUUUAAGUGGAUCAACGAAUGAAGACAUAUCUUCUACUGUAGAGGACGAUCAAAAUUCACAACAUUGGAGAAAUGGCAUUUUUGAGGGCAAAGAAAUCUCAGAUAGAACAACACAUUCAAAGGAUGUAAAUUCUCCUGAUUUAGACUUGUUAAAUGAGAUCUGUGAAGAGGCUACCAACAUGACAAUCAAGGAGGCUUUGAUCUGUUCGUUAAAUCCGGGUGUGCGAGCUGGAUUAAGAGAGGGAAGACUUUCACUGAAUGAGAGUGAAAUACUGGCCCUGGAACAGUACUGUGAGCAAUUCAUUGAUAAUUUAAUCUCUCAGCUUUUAAAUGGACAGUGGUCAGAAAGUAUUAAUAUUGAGACAUGUAAGCAGAAGCCUCAGGAAAGCAAGGCCAAAGUGGCAAAGAAGUUGAGCAGUCUUGAUUUAGAGACAUUGAAAUCUAACUGUGAUAGAUUUGUUCACAGUAUCAUCACAGAGUCAUUGCAUGAUUCCUGUUUUGGUUUCCAGAACAAGGAAAGAAAACAAACAGCUGGUGAAAGUGAAUUAAAUGCCUUGCAAAAACAAAAUGUGUUGGAUCAAAACAGCGUUCAGGACGUUCUUCCAAUCUUCAAAGAAUCAAGUGUAAUUCAGGAGUAUAUUGGCUUUCUUGCUGCAGACAUUGUGAAGUCAGCAUUGGCCAAUUUGUCAACUUCCAUAGCAACAAAAAGUGGUGAUAAGAAUGAAGAGAUGAAAUUGAAUAACAAUAGCACAUCACAUGACAGAACAAGUGAACAAGAAAAAACUUAUUCUUCAAAAGACACUGUUGGAGACCAAGGUACAAACACAAAUGAUGACAUGCUGAAAUCUCACAGUACUUCUGGUAGAGGUAUAGAAAACGGAACAAAUGGAAGCAUUGCAUUGAUAGGCAGUGAUGAGGAUUUUGAAAUACAGUAUGAGAAAGAAACGGAGGAGCUUUCAGAUGAUGAACAGAUUUUUGGUAGCAGUUUAACUGGUGCUUUAGAGACUUCUCUGGAGUUUGAUCAUGAUGUUGGUGAUUGGGAAGGUGGUGGAUUGUUGGCAGAUUUACAUACAUUGGGCUCAGAGAGAAAACAGAAGAUAGUGUUGCGAGAACUGUCAUUUGAUGAGCAUGCAGAGGUUGCUGGAACAGAAUUGUUGGCACCAGUCUUUCUUGCAAUUGCUGAGGAGAAUGAUGAGGACUCUGAGUUCCAAGGAAUGAGAAGGAAGGCACAAUCUAUUGAAGACUUGUGUGCUGUCAUUGACGAGGAUGAGCAUCCAAGACAAAGGAGUUAUUCAGCUCCUAAGAAAAUCAGAACAACCCCUCAACCCUUCCACACUGAAUUCAAGCCAGAGGAAGACAGCAGUGAAAACGGUGAAGCAGAGCUCAGCGAAGAAGAGUAUGAGGGAGAUGAAGAAAGUGAGACUGGAGAUGAGGAUGAAGAAGCUGAUAGUGAACACCACGGAGAAGAAAAUGAAGAGGACUCCGGUGGUGUAGAAGCACAGCUGGAGGCUGGCUCUGAUAGUGAGAGAUUCCGCUGGCAUACUGUGAGUGUAAAUGGCAGGGAUAAAAUACUGGAUUUGAAACUACUGGAACCUUACAUGAAAGUCAUCUCUCAUGGAGGCUAUUUCAGUGACACCAAGGCAACUAUUGUUGUGAUUGCUGCCUGUUACCUACCAGACAGAAGUAUAAAGAAUUAUGAUUUUCUUAUGGAGCAGUUGUUCUUUUAUGUUAUAAGCACGUUAGAACUUCUGGCCAUCCAUGAGGAAUAUUACUUGGUGUACCUGAAUGGUGGAACAAGACAGCAAAACAUGCCAUCAGUUACAUGGAUGAAGAGAUUUUAUCAGUAUAUUGAAGGAGGCCUGAAGAAGAGAAUGAGAGAGAUGUUCAUUGUGCACCCCAGUUUUCGACUGAAAGUAGUGAUAACACUCGCCAAGCCACUGAUCAAUGCAAGUUUUUGGAGGAAGCUUAGUUUUGUCCACACACUGGGCAGUCUGUCGAGUCUUGUUCCAGUGGACUAUAUCUACAUUCCUGAUGAAGUUAUGAGAGUGGAUCCAACUUACAGACAAGUACACAACCGAUGAAGAUUUCAACAGGAACAUUAAUUUAAUAUGCUGUCAAUACAUCGACGGUAAAAUAACUAGACCAGUCUACAUUGAUUUGGUGUUUCUGUACCGCAGAACACAAUUACAUGUAUAAUACCUAGUCGAGUAAGCUUCAAAUAAUGAAACAGCUGGACUUACACGAAGUAGCAAUUUUAAUUACAAGUUAUCAGCACAUAUUUUGUUUAUACAAGUUGUGAGAAUUUGGCGGUUUAUCACUGAAGACCUAAUUUUCUCAUCACUUUUUUGCUUGAAAUGCAUUACGUGUAAAAUGGCACUUUGACAAACUGAUGUACAGUACAUGUUAACAUUUUAUUAUGCAAAGCCAGUGCAAGUGACUUGAGCAUGCGUAAUAAACAUUUUUGUUGCAUUUUAUUCAAUGAAAAUGGUGUAAGCCGCAUCAUGCAAUUUUAUCAAGGUAAAUAUAAUUGUAAAAAAGAAAAUUGUUUGAAAGUGUAGUCCAAGUUAAACUAAAAUUGGUUCAACAAGUUGUAAAUAGGUUUCACUGGUUAAAACGCCGGUAAAUUAAGUUAUUUUUAGGUAUGUAAACUCGUAAUUUUAAUAUAUUUUCACUGGAGUGUUUGUAAUAUACUUAUGUCAGUUGUGUCUACAGAAUUAAACUGGAGAUUGAACUGCA